AUGUGCACGAGCGUGUUUGUCGAGACUGAGACACCCUCAGCUGUGUUCUUUUCUUCCGGUGGAUCUCGAGGUGGUUUUGGCGAAAUGACCAUUUGGAAACAGCGCUUCUACCGCUGGAACUUCUUCUUCGUCAACGGCAUGUGGUACAACAUGGCGUACAUCCUCUUUUCCUGGCGUCUAGGGAUCUGGGAGCUCGGCGCCAAGCUCUUCGUCUGGCAAGAGGUGUACGAGACCCUCCUGUACAUACUGGCGCCCUUUGUCCUCCCCAUCUGCUUCCACAUCCGGCCGGCGUUCACCGGGAUCCUCAUGGGCGUCACUGCAGGCAUCUAUCUGCUGAACGUCAUUGUCUUCAACGAGAUCCAUCUGAGGAGGAAAGGGGAGCGCGUCACGUGGGGCUGCAUCGCAUAUUACAUGCCGUAUAAAAUGGUGCUGACGUUUGUGAAUAUUUUGUCUUGCUACUGGUCCAUCUUCAAAUACGCCCAAUACUUCGCAGUCCGCCACCCCAAAGUAACCGAAGAUGAGCGCGCCGUCGAGGUCGUCCUGAAGCUUGACGACGCAGCCGACGAGUCCAGAUCGCUCGGUGAGAAGGUCCCCGCAACGGCGCAACCCGCGACCAUGAGAAAACGAGGCAGGAGCAUGACGGCGGAGUUCGUCGCGGCGUCUUUAGGUGGGGAGGCGGAUAGCGUGGGCCUGGUGCGCGCGGAGAGUGAGGGGAUGGGAGGUGUGGGGAGGAACUUCUCGGUGACGAUGAGGAGGGGGAAGGGUGGGGUGAGGGGGGUUGAGGUGCCGGUUGGGCUUGUAUGA